GAUCAACUUUUCAUCCAGCCCUGUUGUAUCAUCAAAGUGCGUGUCCUUUAACAGCGGGCGUGGCUUCCUCGUGUUUCCGUGCAGCUCAACGCGGAAGACAAACAGCUCAGAGGAUUCCUGACAAACUUGACCAGACCUGAAGCAAGUUUCUGAGGAUUUUGUGUGAGACCUGAAGCUUUUAAACAGAACCAUGUGGCCAAAUCAAGGUCCUCCCCCUCCAGUCGGACCACCAAACCCUGUCUACCCUCCUGGCUACAACCCUGCAUAUCCACCUCCACCUGCAACUGGAGCAGGAGUCUUCCCCCAACCUCCAGGGUACCCAGCUGGCCAAUAUCCAGCUGGUAUGAACCCAGCCAUGGGACCAACUGUACCUCCAGGAGGUAUGCCUUACGUGGCUCCAGGACCUCAACCUUACCCUAUGGCUCCAGCUGGAUACCCAGCAGUACCUCCUGGAGGUGUUUACCCAGGUCCAUACCCACACUCUCCAAAAGGGGGUAAACAUAAAGGUCACCACAAAGGUCAUCAUGGAGGGGUAAAUCCCAUGGGCGGAGCAUUAGCCGGAGGAAUGGCAGGAAUGGGAAUGGGGUUGGUUGGACAUAAAGCCAACAAAAAGAUGAAGAAGAAGAUGAAGAAAGCACAUAAGGAGCACAAACAUGGCCACCACAAACACGGCAAGUCCUCCAGCAGCAGCAGCAGCAGCAGUGACUGAGGCCACACCAAUUCACAACAAAGGCUUUCACAGAAACAUUGCUUCACAAAAGGGCAAACUGACUCACUGACCUAAUAACAAUAAAACACGCAAAGGUCAUUCUUAUCACACUUAACAGGAUUUAUGAGAAGAUGCAGUGUUCUUUAAUAAAUUGCAUGCUCUAUCUAUUUAUCCUAGAAAUGCAUAAGCUGUUGCAGCAAAGUGUUUUGUCUGUAUUGGCAUUCCAUCAUGUCUUAAAUAUAUAUAUCUGAUUUUCCUGGUUUGUGUCAAAUGUUUCAUAGACGAGCGGGCUGACAACUUUGUUUUGAAUGUUUGAGAAACUCUAAUUAUUGUGAUUUAGUUUUCUUUUGUGUAGAGUGAUACAAUGAUGAGUGUCUGGAGGAGAUUUUAUAUUCACUACUUACUGUACAAGGGCAGAAAAAUACUAUUCUGCUUUGUAUCUGCACUAAUUGUAAUUAUAUAAGUGGUUUAAAUUAACCCUACUCAAUCAAUGGAUGUGUAAAAAUAAAUAAAUGAAUAAAACAAAUUGAAGUUA